GCGUGGGAGGACAAUUACGUGGAGUACAAACUGCUGAAGAAGCAGCUGAAGCACCUCGAUGAGCGGCAGUCGGCCCUGGCCUUCGGCAGGCUGCUCGAGGUGCAGCUCGCCAAGGUGACCUCCUUCAUGCGCCUGCAGCAGGCCCUGAUCGGCGAGGAGGUGGAGCUGGACUUCCUGCCCCUCGCGCUCGAGCCCCCCCAGGGCCCCGCGGGGCCCGAGCGGGGCGCCGUGGGGCUGCCGGGCGACCUUGCGCUCGCGCGCUGCCAGAAGCUGGAGACGCAGAUCCAGAGCUUCCGGGACUACGUGCAGCUCAACCAGGCCGGCCUCCGGAAGAUUGUGAAGAAGUUCGACAAGCGGUUCCAGACUGUCUUCAGCGACGUCUACCGCGAGGCGCCCAUCGUGCUGCCCUUCUCAGUGAGGGACGUCGAGGUCUGGAUGCUGGGCCCGGCGCGCCACGUGCUCGCGGCGAUGGGCCAGUGGAGCCUGUCGCCCGUCCGCCCGCUGGGGCAGGCCAGGUUCUGGGUCGAGGAGCUGCGGGUGGGCUGCCAGCUGGCCAGCGCGCACAGGUCCUCGUUCGACCCACCGACGCAGCUUCGGCUGGAGCUCUGCAGCACGGCGGCCCACGACAGUCUGGUGGUCAAGAACACGUUCAUAGACGGCGUCGAGGGUGACACGGAUCCUGUGGUGACCGAGCGCCAGACAGCCUUGCGGCUCCGCCGCGCGUAUUCGAUCCCGAGAAAACGAGCUCCAGUGGCAGACGACGAGGUGCAGAUUCCAGUCCACAUGGCAGCGCCCGCAGGACACUGCAUCUGGCAUCUCUCCAAGGAAGAGGUUGCCGUGCCUCAGCACGCAGUCGUACCCUGGAACGAGGACGCACCGCCGACGUCGAAGGCGAGGGCGAGCGAGCCCAGCGACGCGGUCAUCGAGACGCCCGUCCGGGCGGAGCGCUCGAGACGAGACGCUGGCCGCGGCGCCCCCCCCGGCGGCGAGCUGGUUGGCGGCGGUGGAGCCGCCGCCACGAGCUCCCGCCGGCGCGGCGGCGGCACCGCCGCGGCGGCGGCGGCGGGGUGCGGGCUCGCCGUGGCCCGCGACGCGGGGCGAGGGCUCGCCACGGCGGCGGCGGCGGCCGCGCCCGGCGCCAGCGCUGCCGCCUCCGCGGUG